CAGUGGUGACUUUAGGAGAGCUGAAAAGAAGACUUUAACAAGUAAAAACUUCUGAUUUCUGAAAGUAAUUCGGCAUUCGCGUCAAAAACUCAGUGGAAAGCCGACAAGAAAUCAAAAUCUAAAACAGUACUUGAUAAUAUAAUUACCAACUUACAUCUGCUAACUCUUGACAAUAUAUUUCCAAAAUGUUGAUUAAAGUCAAGACUUUAACUGGUAAAGAAAUUGAAAUUGACAUAGAACCAACGGACAAAGUGGAACGAAUUAAAGAAAGAGUCGAGGAGAAAGAAGGCAUACCUCCGCAACAACAACGCUUAAUUUUUUCGGGAAAACAGAUGAAUGAUGAGAAAACGGCACAAGAUUACAAAGUCCAAGGCGGUUCUGUGCUUCACUUGGUGCUAGCAUUACGAGGAGGGGAGUGAUCUCUAGUGAUUGUAAUCUGUUAUUUUAUAAUUAAUUUAAUUUUCAUGUCAUAUUGUAUAAGGUAAAACAUGAUUGGAAUAUUAAACUAAGCACUUUUUUA